AUAGCAGAGGUAAUCAUUCUCAUCGCCCACAUCCUCAACAACGCACCACCCGGUGAUGCCCUUCUCCACUUUGCCUAUGAACGCGAAAUGGUAGAGAAGAUUUACUCUGUUCUUCUUGUUCCCAAUGAAAGGAUGUACAGGCCUGCAAAGGUCAACGCCCUCAAGUUACUUUACAAGUUGGCAGCAACAGAGAGGGUAGCAAAUAGGUACAAAACGAACCUCUUCUUCAGCAACUCUGGCGGAUUCCGAGGUUUCUUCGCUCAAACCGCUUCCAUUCGCGAAUUGACUUUGAACUCAGACACCUGCCAGGUGCUGCACUAUUUGAUCGGACGGACUUUCCGAAAGGAUUGUGCCGGUCUUCUGCAGUAUCUUUCUUUACUACGCAUGGGUCAUCUACGUCGACGCAUCGCGGCUGUCUCACUUCUCUUAGACCUAUUGGAAGAUGAAAAAUCUUUGCCACAGAAAGACAUUCAAAGCUUCCCUGCAUUUUACGAAUCUCUGAUCGAUUUACUCAUAAAGUCAAAGCGGAUAGAUGCUCGAACAAGUCUGAGUUUGGCGUCGAAUGAUCAGGAGGAUGUCUGUGAGGUAGAAGAUGAGAAUUUUCUCUCCCUGGGUCGUCAUGAUUGGAAUCUACGACGUCGAUCUUCUCUGUACCUCAGCACCCAGCAUCGCACGCAGAAUGCAUUAUCAGCAAACUCUAGCGUAAGCUUCCCUAAACUUUCUUUUGAGGCUACUGCCACGCUGCUCCUCUACUCGCCGGCGGAUGAGGAGAACGAGGAGGAGAGGGGCGCUCUGGAAGAGACUUUGGGUGAAUUGGUUGUCAAGGCUCUCCAUUGCAUUCUUUGGCCUGGUCCUGCCCUCAUUCUCGCCGCCAACCCUAGCAACGAUCAAGUCAAUGACGCCCUCUCGAAAUACUACCAAGUCUUUGUCAGCAUUUCUGACUCCUCCGCGAAUUACAACUUCAUUAAACCGUACUUUUGGAUCCUACAACGCGUCCUCGAGGAAUUUCUGAAAUCAACCAACAACUGUCUACGAACUGCAGGUCAGCGCUUUGCUGCAGAUUCACCCCGUUGUAGGAUGAUUGUUGACGAAACCUGUAAUCGUGGAGUGUCCAGCGAGUUCGAGUUCCGAACGGAAUUGCUGGAUCACAUGAGUGAGUUGAUGCUGGACCGACUACGAGUUUGGGAUGUUGGUACGCGUUCUGAAGAAUGUGUGGCAUUGUCGUUGCAUUUCCUCCUCACCUGGGCAUCUCGUGGCGUCUUUCGCGACAAUGGUGCCGCCGCACAGGCCUGCGUACGUCUUCACGACGCUAUAUGUGCCUUUAAAGACAGCGUCAUCAUGGAACGAGUGAGAAACGUUGCUCUCUUUCUCUACUUUCUCUUCUCUCAAUCAAGUUUGUUAGUUUCUGGGAUUUUCGACCCUUGA